AAACCCGUUCAGUCCGUGCAGUUUGCGCACAUGAAUCUCACCAGCCUUCAAUAGCUACAAUUAUUAUCAUAAAAAUUUACGAAGAUGGAUACAGUCCCGGCAAACAUGAAUGCGGUAGAAAAUGUACUUACCCGGAAAGAAAUUCGUCGGCAAAAGUUGAUGGAAUUCCUGGCAGCAAAAGCAAAUGUGAUGUUGCCCAGCAAAAAACCAAAUAUGGUUAAAGAUGAGAAGUGUAAAAGUGAAAGAUCUGCUCCUAAGGUGCACAAUGGCAAAGAAAACACAAUUCCUGCUCCCAACAAGGAUGUUAAAGUUAAAACUAUUCAGGUCACCUCUGUUAAAAAACCUCUGGGUCUUAAAAACUCAACAAAUAUAAGUUCUAGCAACAUCUAUGGAAAGCAGAGCAGUAAAAAUGUAUUGACCACAACGACUAAAGACGCAAAAAGCCAUAAAAUACCAGUUUUCACUAAAACAUACACAAUUGUAAACUCCAAAUCCACGUCAAAUGCAGCCAGUCAAAAGCAGCCUUUCACAAGAGCGCCCUCUGUUGGCAAGGGUCCAUUAAAAACCCUCUCUGCUACUCCUGCUGUUAAAUUGUCAAACAUCACUACAAACCUAUGUACAAAUACUGCAUCUUCCAAUAUGGACAAAAUUGAAAGUGGUAGAAUGAUCCAUGGACCCAUUAUUAAGACCAGAACAGGACUGGUGCCUGCAGUGAUUCAACCCAGAAAAUCAAAACCACACAUUUUGCCCACUGUUAACGACACAAAAAGCCCUACCUAUAAUGUGCGAUCCAGAACUUUGUCACACAGAGCUGUUUCACAAGCAUCAGUCACAUCUUUGAGAAAAACACUGUCCACAAUCACUCUUAAACCUGUGAAUAAGAUUGUUACUAUGACAACAAGGGAAGAGAGUAAAGCACAAAACAAGUGUCGUCCUUUGGCUGCAACAAGUAAAACUGUUGAGAAAGCACAAUGCAAUACACUUUCAAAUAGACUGCAGACAUUAUCAAGGUGCUCAACAAAAUCGGUAAAACCAGAUGCAAAGAUACAAACUACUAAAGCAAAAGUUUUAGACUGCUGUACAAAACCUACAAAUGCUCUCAAAGUAGACAAAAAUAAGCCAGGCGUCACAAAACCAUCAAUCAUCAUGACAACAAGUCGGGAUAAUUUCAGAGCACACAAAGUUCCCGCUGCAUGUACCCACGGUGACAAAAGCAAGAUUUCUAAAGAGAUCCAAAACAAGAAAACUUUAUCAAAACCAUUCCAAGCACCUGCUGUACCAAAAGAAAAGAAAAGGCCCAUAGCUCCACAGACCGCUCCACAACCUUCCAGAGCCCAGAACCUCAUCAGCCGGACCACUAGUAUGAAGACCCCAGAGAGACGAGCUCUUUCUCAGUCUGAUGGAAAACCACUCACAGCUGCCCAGGACCGAAUAAAAAAGCUUCAGGAAUGGCGUGCAGCGAAGGGCAUUUCAUACAAGCGUCCUCCGAUGUUCAUGAAGUCCCAGGCCAGGCGCACUAUAGCGGCUCCUCAGCCCUUCUGGUCCCACAUGGAGGAGGAGGAUGAGGCGCAGUCUCUGAUCUGUGCUGUGGACCGCUCUCUGGAAGACUGCAUCAAACUCUUGGGGGAGGGCUGUCCUACACACCAGGUGAAAGAAGUUCUCUCACGACUACCAGCGAUUUCCCAGAAGUUUGCUAAAUAUUGGAUUUGCCAGGCCCGUCUGAUGGAGCAGGAGGGAAACCUAGAUGUCCUCCCCAUGUUUGAGAAGGCAGUUGGUCUAGUUUUGGAGCCCAUAGAUGAGCUGCGCACUGUGGUGUUUGAGAUUUUGAAAAAAAGGGAUGACAACCAAGAUAAAGAAACCGAACCAAUGGCAGAUUCCUGUGAAAUGUCUUUAGAAACAUUGGACAACCCUGUGACGCCAAAACCUGCCAGAGCUCUGAUUUGUGCGGAGAAAGGAAACUCCUCUGUGGUCAAAUACAAGAUAACAGCCACACCUGGUGGUCACCCAAGUCAGCGCAGGGACUCCACUGUUGUGAAUGGACAGGAAGUGCGUUUCUUUACUCCGGUGCGGCGCUCUGUUCGUAUUGAGAGAGCUUGCCUUCUUUAUCCCGUGUCCCUCCAAGACCACGACCUGUGCGUUGCUUCGUACAAUGAUCUGAUCGCUGAAGAGGAGAAGGAGAAUGCUCAGCAAAGCCAAUCUGAAGGCUCUUCUUCCACGCACAACUCACCCAUGUACGUCUAUAGGGAGAAUGAAGCACUGAAAGAUAAGGUGUUUGUACAAUAUGUCUGCGGUGAUGAAUGAACUGAAAUUGUGCCUUUUUAAAGGCGCGUUGCGGUACUUUUCUGGUAGAUAGUCCAUCACCUAAUUGUCUUCAUAUCUAUCUUUUAUUCAUUACAGGUGUUUCUAUUGCUCAAAAAUACAAUAAUUAUCUUUGUUAAUAGGGUUGCAUCUCCACAGAUCUGACCUAUAAUGUAGCUUAUAGUUGUCUUCCUAGAGAUGGAUAGGUUUAAUCUCAACUGUAGAACAUCUAGAGAAAACAACAUCUCCAUGAGGAGGAGCAGGUGACAGACCCUUCACCAGAAAAGUUGCACGAUGCACCUUUUAAUACAUAGAAGGGGCAUAUUUACCUUGUACAGUAUUGUCAUGUAAAAACCUUUUGGGGGGGAGGGUUGGGGUGUCUCUUUUCAAUACCUUGUUUUAGUUUUUUGGUUUUUUUUUUACAUUUACUAUAAAUGUAUCAAGUGGUGUUGUAAAUAAAGUUUAUUUCUUGCUCUUUGUAUUUAAUUUGCACUGCGUAACUUUUUGGUGAGGGCUGUAUUCUUCUCUCCAUGGAGAUGUGAAUCCUUUGCUUUGUAUGUUUUAUACAGUGUUAAACUUGGUAUGAGCAGAUGCCUCUCCACAAAUGUGGCCUGUAACUUGGCCUGGAAGUGCCAUCUGCUAUUUUCCUAAAUGCCACAAAGUUACACACUGCACCUUUUAAGGCAGGGGUGUCCAAACUUUUUUCAUCAAGGGCCACAAGGGACAAAGAGCGCUAAUCGAGGGUCAUAGACUGGUGCUACAGUGAAUAAUUUCAAUUUAGAAUGAAUCAUCAAUCUUUAUUCACACGAAGAUCCGUAAAACCACACACUAAAUAUUAAAUAGCUUUAUUAAGGUAGAUUUUCAAAAAACUUGUAGUAAAAAGUAAAUUUUUAAUUGAUGCAAGGUAAUUUGGGUCAAAUCACCUGGAAGCCCAGGGGCCAAAAAAAAUGUGUCUGAGGGCCGCAUUUGGCCCACGGGCCAUAGUUUGGACAUGGCUGUUUUAAGGGAUAUUUAGUCUUUUGAUUGCUGUUAAUGUUUCAUGUCAUAGCAUUGUAACAAGGCAAGUUUACAUAUAUUGCCUUUUUCUUUAAGGCAGCAUUUCUGCUUGAGUAAAGAAACAGUAUUCUGCUAAUGUUAACACAAUAGUCAGGCACACUUAACAUUACAGGUAAAAAUCAUAAUUAAAUUGUAGUUGUCAGGUAAUAGGCCAAAGUUUUAUGUUAGAUAUAAGUAGGGUGACCAGAUUUUUGAAAUUCUAAACUGGGACACACCAUGGGUUAGUUUGGCUGGUAUGAAUAAAAUUGUGAAAAGAGCGUGUAACAUUGUGGAUUCUUCUGUCAGUCAUAAAGGUCUUGUCAGUCAACUUCUGUUGCAGCAUUUUUUUGCGUUAUAGUCAUUGACAAACACAUUUUUGUUUUGUUUUUUUCUGUAUUUUGUCAAAACAAAUGAUUUUAUGCUCCGUUAGAGAAUUUUUAUGUUAUAAGCAUUUCUCAUUGAAAGUGUUAAUCAUUUAAAGGCUGAUUCAUGUAAAGGUAAUCAUGAUGUAGUAUAAAGUUAUCAACAUUUGCUUUUUGUUUUGUCUUGUUUUGUUGUGUUCAAGCUGUAUCAGUUGAUAUAGAUGAUGUGUCGGCUGACUCAUUAAGAUAAUGUACCAGGAGAAACAACUAGUAAUGGUAAACAUCAUGAGGUUAACAUAGGACUCUGGGGAAUUACUAGAGGCUAUCCACCACCUGGAGUAUGAAAUCAGUGUGUACUUGGGGGCUGUGUCAGUUGAAGCUUGUCAGUCAUGAGAUAACAUGUGAACAAUAUGUAAUGUAAUGAAUGUAACCUAUUGUGUGAUAAUUGUGUGAUGCUCUACAAUAAAAGGGCUUUGGAGAGAAGAGAGCUUCAGUUACGAUGAGGCAGGUAGCUCUCUUCUACUCCUUGCGCAAGUAAAACGAA